AUGUCAAACGGCACCAACCAGCCACCGCCCUCCACUCCGUCCUCGAGCCAAGGUCAAACACCUGCUCAGGCACCGUCUUUGGGUAGUCCUGGCCCGGAACAGUGCAUCACCCCGCCGUCACAACGCCGCCGCGAAGCACGGAUCGCAUACUGCCAAAACAUUUACGCCCAACAGGCCGAAGCCAUCCCCGCCGACCCCGAAGUCAUUCGCGACGGUGGCUACCAGGCAAGAGAGCUCGAUACGCGUGCCGUGGACUGGAGAGAGUGGGAACAAACCGCCGAAAGGACCUACCAACCGGUCAAUGCCGGUCGCGUGCUGGGCCCUGAUGGACUCGUGCGAGAUUGGGAGGUUGUAGCACCUGGUCGCUUCGUCGAGGGUGCCGACAAUGCGAUGCGUGACGCCCUACUGGGGCAGAAUGGCGGCGCGACAUAUCGCGACUUCCUCCAAGGCAUCGAAGCGACCCCUUCAACGUGGGAACAGGCUCGCUUCGCUCAUGCUCAACCUGUCGGCGCCGGCGCGGCUGGGGUCGGUGCGCAGGGUGUCCCCUCUCUCUAUGCCGGUCUUACGGGCCACGCCACGGGCCUUGAAUUACCGAGUAACACGGUUGCGAUUGCCUUAACAGCGGCGUACAUUGUCGCUCGAGCUAUGGGUUUCGUUCCGGGAGUGGCGAGGCGACAACGUCGCCGCGAUCAAGAGGGCUUGAUGACGCCCGAGGGCAAGGCCAGCAAGGCUGCGCGGCGUUGA